UGAGAUUUGACAUAAAAUUAAAAUCCAAAAUGUUAAAAUCGUAAUAAUAUUCCGGAAUCUGAAAUCUGAAUCUAAAAUGUGAUUUUACAUGAUUUGGUGUAACUUAUUGUGUUUAAAACUAAAACAGGUAUAAAAUAAUACUCUAAGUCAAAUAUCAAUUAGGUUAAUGCAUGGCGUAUGAAAUAAAUAACUAGUGAUACUAUUUUCACUUUAAGUGCAUUAUUGCGCUGAAAAUCGGACAGUAAAUUAUUCGUGGUUUUGGUCAAGAAUACAGCCGUUAUGGAUGUCAUAGGAAGUGAGAUUGGGCAGAAAAUGCGUUCUGCCAUCAAAGCAAAACUCACAGAACUAGGAUGCUAUGUUGAUGAUGAGCUUCCUGACUAUGUGAUGGUGAUGGUUGCUAAUAAGCGCACACAGGAGCAAAUGGAAGAUGAUCUCCAGUUAUUCCUCAGUGACAAUACAGAGCUCUUUGUGAAUUGGCUACAUCAGGUCUUGAAGAAACUGCAAGAGGUCACAAUUGCUGUUCCAUUAAAAACUGAUAAGGACAGUCAAGAAGGUUCUGUUUCUAAAGAUAAAAAGUCUAAGGGUAAAAUAGAAAAACACAAAACAAAAAAAGAUGAAACUUCAAAGAAAUCCAAAAAGAAGUCGAAGUCUCAUCAUAAAAAGCAUGACAAAAAAUCACAUAAAAGCAAGAAAGAGAAGAAGAGAAAAAGCAGUGAGAGAAUUCGUCCAAACAUUCCACCAUUACUAAUGAAUAUGGAAAAAGUGUCUGAGCCUUCAAUAACUGAUGUAUUCGCUGGUCAGAUCUUAAAAAAUCAUGGUGUUUUAAUAGAAUGUGAAGAAGAAAAGCCAGAUGAAAUAAAACCAGUCAAGUCAGUCUUAACUGAAGUUAAGAGACCAAUCAUACCGAUAAUAGACCCAGCCACAAUAAAUCAACCGGAUCAAUCAGUGAGUAAUGAUGUGUCAAGUGAAAACAAAACUUCAGCGCCUAGGGAAGACCAACUAAAAGAAAUAAACGAAAUCGAAGGAAAGGUUCAAGGACUUAAACAAAAAUUAGCGGAACAGGUUGAUUCAAUGUCCGAUGACGACGACUUUUUGAAUAUUCGUACCGAAACUGAGGAUCUUAUGAAUGACUUUGCAGAAGAUGUUUCAGAGGAAAACAGCCAGACCCCAACGGUCGCCACAGCAGUCAUUACACCUCCCAUCAUAGACCGUGUUUCUCCUCCAAGUCAAACACCUGCACCAAAAUCACCCGAGCCUAGUAACUCUAAGUCCAAAGGAACAACGACACCCACUCAAGAAAUUCCAAAAGAUAUUGUAGAAACCUUACCCCAAAUUGAACUCAACCUACCAAAGAGGCCGAUCAGAGAGAGACUUGGAUUCCGAGAGAUAUCAAAGAUGCCACCGAUAGCUGAGGAUAAAGAUAAACAUUCACUAACUCCUGAAAGACUAACACCAGAACGAGAUAUGAAUAAAUCCUCCCGAAGCCGUCCUGUAAGUCAAGCGGAGUCUCAGAAAGAUGUUUCGGGUGGAAGUUCAGACAGUAACGAUUCUUCUAAAAAAGUUACCUCCAAAGUUUCGUCGCAAGAAAAUCGCAGUAGAGGUGUGUGUGCGUCAGUGGUGCGAGUACGACCGAGACCGCGUGCGCCCGCUGUCGCCUCCAACCUGCUACUACGAGCCGUCGCCGACGCGCACAAGAGUCUUCUCAACAUACCGCCAAAAGUUGAUCCGGAGCCACAUAAGGUGAAGCGUGCUCUAGUGUUGCCAAUGCGUCGAACCGUCGACCCUGAGAAGAUCGUCAUACAGGUGCCCGGCGUGUCACAGUCAGGGGCAUCCGCGGAACCUGAAACCAGCCAAGAGAGACUGUCGCAUCGCUUAGUGAGAGGAAAAGAAGAAGCGCAUAUACCAAUCAGUAGAAGAUUGGGACAUUCUGAUUUACUUCCGAUAAGGACUUCGAGUCGCCGGGAUGAUUCACUUAUUAUUGAAACAAUAAACAUUCAUAAUACGACAGUUGAUAAAGACAAAGACACGCAAUUCAUUGUUACAAUGGAUGGCUAUCAUCCAAAUGCAUUUCUAGCUAAGAAAUUAUUAACUGAAGGUUUACUUGAUGAUGAUGAUGAAGUGAAGAAACCUCAAGAAAAAAUCCAACCAGAGGAUUCAGUGAAAAACCUUGAAACUAAUGACACAAAGAUAGAGGCUGAAAUUAUUGAAAAUAAGAAUAAUAUAGUUAAGGAUAAACCUGAAGGCAUUACAGAAAAUACAAACGUUGUGGAUAUAGAUAUGGAAGAUGAAGAUAAAGUUAGCUUAAAUACUGUUGAGAACCUCGAUGAAAUGAUAAAAGAACCAUCAGCAACGCAACAACAACAAAGUGUUGUUGAGGAAAUAAAAAAUCCACCGAUUUCGUCAUCAAUUACACAAAAGAAACGACUAAGCGAUACAAGUGAAGAUAGUGAUACCCAAGUGAUUAUAAAGAGCGAAGAAAAGCAAAUUGAAAAGGUAGACAGCGUUGAAAUGGUGGAGAGUGAGAAAGAGAUGGAGAAGCCGCGUUCAAAGAAGAGAAAGGCAUCUCCGAUUGUGUUUGAUGUGAAAAAGAAAGUAGAGACAGUUAGGGAGAGGACAGUUAGCACGAGCAGCGAUAAUCAUAUCACGCUGAGUACUGUGACUGACACACACAAAUACGAUUCUGUACCACCACUGUCGGCUGCCAGUGCCGAGCGCAAGCAACUUUGGUGCAGGGCGUUUCCCCUGUGUCGGUACGGAUCCGGCUGCGUUUUCCAACAUCCGCGCUGCAAGUUCGCUGCGAGCUGCACCCGUCGCGGAUGCGUAUACUCGCACGCAUCGCCCACCGUCGCAAGCCACGUGGUUCCUGUAGCUAACUUCAAGUCGAUAGCGUCCAGUAUCACCAACGUUUGCAAGUUCUUUCCCAACUGCGUGAACCCUGCUUGCCACUUCUACCACCCUAAGCCGUGCAGGUUUGGCAAACUGUGCGCCAAUAAAAUAGAAUGUAAUUUUUACCAUAACGAUGUUCCCGCCAAGUGGAAUAAUUCUCUGUAGAUGAAUUAAAGUAUUACUAGUUAA